AUGCCUAAGGCAAAACAAGCUACCUCAGACACGAAAACUGCUAUGAUUCAAAAUAUAAACCCUAUAUCAUCUAACAUCAACAUCACUAAAGUGGUUAACGUUCGAGAUGGUGGUCCAAUGGUUAGAUGUGAAAACUCUGAUGAAUGUAUCAAAUUUAAAAAGUUAGCAGAUGAGAAGCUGGCCAAUGACUACACAAUCAAAGAAGUUCCUGUACUGAAUCCUCGCUUCAAGAUCAUCGGCAUCUCUGAAAAUCUUUCUGAAAAUGAUCUUAUAAAUGUUAUUAAAAGCCAGAACAAAAAUGAAAUAUGUCCAGAUAGGAAUUUAAAAGUAAUUUCUCAAUUAACUAGAGGAGCAAAAAUAGAAACUAAAAGAAGAAGCAAAACUAACAUUAAAAGAAAACAAAUUGAAACAGAAAGAAAAAAGUUGUAA